AUGAAGCAGAAGGAAGAGUGUCACUGGACCACCGAUGCAGGCGAUAUGAUUUCAAGUGACCAAUGGCGUCGAUAUGGCGAGGCAAAACGUAGAGAUCUCGUCGCCAACGAUGAAGCAGAAGGAGGGACAUCCUUCCAUUUGCAUAAAAAAUGUCGUAUUCUACGAUACUUUCAACUGGCUGAACGGGUGAUGGCUCAGUUUCGGGACAUGUGUGAAGAUUCUGAAUCUGAUUUAGAAGAUACCUACGUGAUGGGACAUCGUCUCGUGGCUUUUCUAGGGAAAGCUCUGCCAAAACAUCCCGAAUUUGCCUUUCAAGCCGUCCGUCCGUUACGACUCCGGGCUCACCAGGAGUUGACAUGGAUUCAAGGUCGCAUAGAAGAGCUAGCCCUCAAAAUCGAUGAAGAAGAACUGAACAAAUUCAUUUGUGAUGAUUUCGUCCCCGAUGGUGACUCCUCGGUGUCGUCUGAAGAAACUGAUACUGCAGGACAGUGGGAAAGAUUUGGGUCGGUCUUUGACCCGUUCGAUCUAUCUUCAGACGAAAGCAUGCCACACGGUACCGACACAGAUACUUCCAGUUUUUCGCAAAGUCUAGAUGUCAACCCUCCUACUCAGGAUUUCAGACCGGAAUCUGACCGCGACAUUUUGAUUAAUGACGCUAGGCAGGAGAGUCUUUUUCUCCCUUUCGGGGAAGACGAGUCAAUAUCCAUUGGUCAGAUGUAUUCGGACAGUGACGAAGAUGGUUAUGCUGCGCCUACGUCCAAUUGUCUUAAUAAUCGGAUCCUGGAUACCAGCUUUUUGGAAACAAUUGCCCGUGAAGAUGUUCGUUAUGAAAGUGAUUCCGAGGCAACCGACAGUUGGGCGCAAGAUGGUGACAGCGGAGUCUCAGGGGCAAGCUCGGGGACUGCCGAAACGUGUGACCCCGCUCGAAUUGCUUAUCGGGAGCUCUUGAAGCGUAUCCCAAAAUCUCUUCUUCACGGAGACGCCCCUCCGCCCAUUCCGGUUAACGUUCCAACUGGAGGAGCUCCAAGAAUGAAUCUCACAACCGACUGGGGGUCGUUUGACUUUGCGUCUGUUCGUCAAGCACGACAUGUGGGGUCUGUAUCCCUGUAA